AUGAACAGACGGAAUUUCAACGUUCAAACGGACAUGAACGAGGACAAACGCGUGGAGAUGGAGCAGCUUGUCCUGGAAGCGGCAAACUAUUCGCGGGACAAGAAUCCCGAGGCGCUGGCGAGCAACGUUAAGCGACUUUGCGAUGAACGGUUCGGCGGUAACUGGCAUUGCCACGUGGGUCCCAGUUUUGGCAGCUCCUUUCCCUACGAGAUCAACACUUACUUCUACGCCGAAUGGGAGGGUCUCAAUAUUCUUCUGUAUAAAUAUUUGUAA